GUUACCCAAAUAAUGUAGAUCAUCACACCUGUGAGAGGAGCUUUAAAAUUUGGUCAGAAGUCUGAUCGUUGAUUACACUAUGAUGCAUUACCGUAUUGUCGUUGGAGAAAUUAUUCGGAGGCGGAGAAAGAUAUGAGGGCGAUCAUGAUUGAAACUUUUGGCGAAGCGUAAGUUUCCAGGUUAAUUUUGUGUGAUUGUUGUGAAGUACAGUACAGUACAGCACUCGAAAUAACUCCCGAUUGUAAGAUCUUCAGCAAAAGUGUGAACGAUUGUGAAAAUGAUGAUGUGUACCCAAUUUGUUCUCCUAUUGUGACGUGAAGAGCUGCCAUAUCCGAAUAUGUUGUACUCUCGUGUAAAAGUGCCGUGCCCUGCUGGCCAAAAGUCAUCAGAGAGGAGGGAAAUUGAUCGAAAAACAAUUAUUUUUGAUUCCUUAUUGACGCUUCUGAUGCGAGGCGCGCUCGCUGCUUCCGCGUACAGUGUACUGUAAUUUUUUUAUCCUUCCGUGUCCACGUGGGAUUCCGACUUCGUGUGAUUGUGGUGGGGGCCAGUUCCGCAUUGCCCCCAAUAUUGGGGAACCCCGGGGAAUGUGUGGCUCUCCCGCCUACUCUACGGGGAUGCGUUCCAGCAAGCGUUUCAAACAACUUUAUUGUGCGUGACCCCAUGCGGGGUUGGCUAGUAUCAGAAUGGCUGUGAUUUCUAAGGCGCAGUACGAUGAAAUCAUUGAGUGCAUCCUAUCGAUUGACCCGGAAAUUGCAAUCGAUCGUAACAAGUACAGUGUCUUGUUGGACAAGUUUCCCAGUAUAAGAAAGCGAACUCUGGGGAGCAUACUUUCUGCCUACGUUCAAAGGCAAGUGAGGCGAAAUCAUCAUCGAGUUUUGAACAAGGCGAAUGGUCAGACGCUGUACAAGCAGUUUCUUGAAUCUGUUUCUAAAAAGGACCCACCUGGCAUUAUCCUGAAGAUGGCUGACAAACUUCAGUUUUCGCCUGCGUUGUUGGCUCGAUUUCUCGUUGAGCAAAAUCUGAAGGAAUCCUCGAAAAAUUCGAAAGGCAAGUGUACACAACAACUCCUGAAAAAUGUGGUGAAAGCGCGUUCGCGUGAUCCUGAGUUGAUACCUGACCGUGAUUUGAAGUACGAAGUAUGGCUGGCGAACUUGGAGGACCCAGUUUACGGUCCGCAAUCAGAUCUGAUUGGAAAUCAGAUCGGAUUCGAUUAUGAAGAGAUCUUGAAGCAAAAUUUGGAGAAGCUUGGGUUGUCUUUCUAUGACGAAACUGAUCUGCGAGCUGAAGAUUUUGAUAAAACCCCUGACGUGAAGCUUGUGAUUCCGAUUGCGAUUGAUGGUUUCAUUGUAAAUUGGAUUGAAAGCAAGGCGAUGUUUGGAGAUCCCCAGCUGUAUGAGGAGCAUUACCAAGAACAAUUCUCAUCUUAUGUGAAUCGUUUCGGUGGUGGACUUGUGAUCUACUGGUUUGGUUAUGUAUCCGAGCUUGACAAAGAUACGCAUCGUGGAGUGAAAAUUUCUUCAGAAUUACCCGGAAACUUUGUAAAGUUUGAUCCUGCUGCGACACUGAAGAGACAUAACUUCAAGUUUGGCGGAGGGUUGGAAAAGACCAAAGAACAGUGUGUGAUGAAUUUUGCCAAGAAAGUAAUGCGGGGUAUGGGCUGGGAAGAAGGAGAGGGUUUAGGUAAAUCAAAGCAGGGUAUGAAAGAGGCACUGAAACCUGUGGUGAAGCUCAACACAAAUGGUCUCGGCCACGACGCAGCAAAGGAAUUCACCUUCAACUGGUGGGAACACGUCUAUGACACCGCAGCAAAGAAUGUCGACGUUGAGGAAACUCAUGAUGGUGUGAAGGUGAAGAAGCAUAAUCGGAAACUUUUGAUAUCCACGACUACGGGUGGACAAUUAGUGGAAGAAGACAAUUCAGCUCCGGAGAAGAAGCGAAAGAAAAAAAAGAAGAAUGAUGGAGACGACGGUGUCGAAUAUGCAUCCUUCGUCAAGGGUGGCACGGCUGUUCCAGUUGCUCCGGUAGCUCUCAGAACCACGACAGACGAUGAACUUUUCAAAAUAUGUGGUGGUCUUACAGCACACAAGUCUGAAAGGCAUGGACAUCGACUCAAUGGAAAGUUGAAACGCUUGGAAGCACAUGAAGCCCGUUUAGCUGAUCUUUCCUUCACAGAAAAUUUUUUCGAAGAACAAAAUUACGACAAAAUGGUCCUAACUUUCCCGGUGGCAGAGUCGUGGCUGAAAGAACACGCCUUGCGAGCAGUUGAUGGAAAACACUCCGUCGAAUUCCAAAAAGGAACUUCGACUAAUGCCGGUGAUAUGAAAACUACGCCACCUGAAAUGAUAACUGCUUUAUUGGAGGACCUGCAGAAAAAACCUAGUCUACAAAUGAAUUUCAAUGAGUGGAAUGUUCUCUUUUCAUGCAUCCUGACAUCGCUCAAGGACAACUCAAGCCUUUUGUGUGAGCUUCAAGCCAUGAAAACUAACCGACUGGUUCCUGAUGUUUCACAAGACUUCGAUCACUUGUUGAGAACCAUCCAGUAUUUACUUGAUAUUGGGUCAGAUUUUGAUGUCAUUCAUUCUGGAGGCGUUCAUGCCAUCAUACACGCCGGAGGCUCUGUUCAUUCGUCUGUGGAUGCGCUAAUUACAGCACUAGUGGAAUCCGUCAACAAUCCAUCAAUAUGGCACGUGGUCUGCCUCGUGGUCGAAGCACAGUUCGAACAUUUCUGGAAAGUCGCCUCAUCCAAACUGAUGAAACUUCAAGCAAACCGCGAUUAUCCUUCAGACAAGUGGGUCGAAUCUGCGGCAGACAAAAAGUACUUUGAAAUGGCUGCCCAACGAGGGGCGGAUGUGGUGAAAAAUGAAAGCAUUUGUCUGCUCUGUGACCGUUCGUCAACUAUUGAGUGCCCUCGAACUCUGGGUGGUCUUGGGAUUGUCGCGCCUUUCAAAUCCUCCAAGGAUUGCGUGUUGCUUACGAAGGAAAUAUGUGCUCCACAUUCUGCCUCGGUGUUUGGCUCAGUGGAAAUUGCGCACAACAUCUGUUUUGGCCACACGUACCUCGAUCAUCGCGGUGUUCCCGAGCCAAAAAUGACCUCUUCGCGCCUUGGUCAUUGUGGUACUGGAGUAGUCGGAGGUGUUCAAGGAGUGUUGCAAUUUUUGGAUCCUCCGGGGCAAGACGCGGAAAUUUCUCGUUGGAAAGCAGAGCCAGAUCUUGCCCAGUUCGUGAAGGAACUAAAAAAAGUCACGGGAAUCGAUGAGGCCUUGAAUGUUGCGCGUAAAAAUGUGAAGAAUUGGAGUCUUUGUGGUGAUGAAGCCCGACAGAAGCUGGUCAGGACGUACAUCAGUGAGGUCCUGAAUGAUCGGGAAAACUUGAUACCCUAUUUUCCGGAUAUGGAGGAGCUGUGUGAAAAUGCAUGGAGAAACGUAUCUGCAGAGACCUGCUGCAUCCAGAAUGAUGGAGAUCUGCUGCGGGUUCAGCGUUUGAAAGCCGGGAGGGUUGCGACGAUUUUGUCUUGUCACGAAAAUUGGCUGAAAGUGUUCCUGCACGUGGUGCUUCCUCUUCUUCGUGUCGGCAAUGCCGUCGUUUUUGGAGUCUCCACGGAUGCCAAAGUGUUUUUUGCAAAGCUUGCCAAGAAAAUUCAUGGAUCUGAAGAUGAUCCCGUAUUCCGUACGGUUGAACUGGGCACGGACAAAGGUCCCACCUUGUCGCACUUGGCGGCCCAGGCAGCCAAAUCGAAUGGAUCUGAAGUGAUUAUUUCACUCGCUGCUUCCCCUGCGUGCAAUGUGGCAAAAUACGUGGCGAGUGACAAUGUGAAAGACGUUUUUGUAUGGUUGUCAAUUCCGGGCUGCGACAGCGACACAAAGAUGUCAUACCGUCCUAGAAGGACGGACCACAAUCACGUAAUCGACGGCGAAGAAAACUGGUUUCCUGGGAAAAGACGACCAGGCACGGGCAAGGCGCCCGUGCCGAGUGGUCACGCGACCAGCACACAAUUCCCGAGACCACAGCACAGAUUUGGCACCAGUGCCAACUACUCCUCGGGACGGUCUAGGAGGCAAAGCAGUGUCGGACGCAGUUAUUCCCGCAGCAGUCGCAGUGCGAAUCGCAGUGAAACGGCGAAUAAUAGUACUCGUCGACGAGUGUCGACGACGAGCACUCAUCGACGUGAUGCACCGCGGAAGGAUUUCUUGAAGCCUAGGCAUUAUCCUCCUCAGAUUCUACGCAUUCCGAGAUCGGAGGCAUCAAAUCAUGCGAAAGAUGUUGAUCCAGAGCAGCACCCACUGCUCGUCGGUGAUUUCACGACAACGUCGUUGGUGUUGAGCCAAUAUGACGAUCGACGACACAGGACAGUUGGUGGCGCCCCUUCCCAUGAAAUCCCGAGACGAGGAUCCAACGACAGUAAUGAAGACGUUAAUCCGGAUCCUCCGGCGGAUCCCACACGAGUCUCUCAUCGUGACUCACUCAGCAGCAGAGGAUCCACUGAUGGCUUGAUGAUGCGCAACAGAACCCGCAUCACAUCUCUUUUGAAUGAACCGCGUGAAAAUGUUCUCAAUGAAGGGAUUCUGCGACAGAGAUCGGCUCAGGAUGAAGAGGACGAGCGAGCGUCCAACGUGUCACCCAAUCCAGCGGGUUCUGUAGUUGGGUCUGAUCCGGGUUCGGUUGAGGUUGGAAGGUCGCCGAAUGUCGAUGGGCGGGCGUCGGGGGCGUCUCAGCUUUCGGGCCAAAGAGCCACUGGUGAUGAUGGAGAAAAAGAAGACGAAGAAGAAGAAGGUGGAUGGAAGGCCAUGGGUGAAGAUGAUCCUGAUACUCCGAGAGGAACAAAGCAUGACUAUUUGGAUGAUGGACCGCAGCAACCAGGAGAUGAAGGCGUUCCGUUGAAACAAAGUAGUGCUAGGGCCAGCACUGCUCGGGAUGACAAUGAACCACCUCCAGGAGAAGCUGAGGCACUGGAUAAUGAAAUCCCUCCUGAUGAAGAAGGCGGAAGUUCUAAACGACCCACCGAACCUCAACCCGAACCAUUCAACCGCGAUGUAUUUUUGAUGUCCAUCUUGUUGGUAUUGGCUACUUCUUAUUCCUGGAACGUAAUUCAGUCAUGUUCAACAGAGCUGAAAUUUGCCAUGCCAAAUAUUUAUGGCAAACGGGGUUGGAUGGCUCCCUGGUACCUGGCGUCUUUGCUGAGAGGUGCGGUUUCGUUGGUGAAAUUAGGGGAAUUGUACGAUGAUGGCGAUCAAGUCGACCAGUUGGACAAAUGGACUGCGGUGUUCAUGAAAACCCUGGGCAUUGCAUUAUUGACUGGAGAACUUCAGUGCGAAGUUUUGAUGACUGGAUUGCCCACGUCUCCAGCCUUCUGGUUCUUCCUGGGGGCAAUUCCUUUCGUUAUGCAGUUGAAUGCGGAUCACGACCCCGAUUCUCCAUUUGCCCGAAUACCCGAAAUUUAUCUGGGCUGCUUGAUUUUCCUCCAGCUGUUGAUGGGAAUUUCGGCCAAGCGUUGGCUCAUGCUCUUCAACCCGCUCAUCUUGGGUUUGACAUUCUUCGACCAUGGUUACUCGUUCAGCUCGGACGUGUACUUGUACAUGAUCUUGAUGAACUUGUUUUAUGCAAUUGCUAUUGAUAAGCGGCUUCAUGGAGGUACUUGUCCUCCACCUGGACCUCCGAAUAACUGUAAUCGAUGCGGAUGAGUGAUGGUCACUCCUGAUUUGUUUCUCAGCGUGUGUAUACGGUAUAUAUAUGUACCAAUAAAUCGAAUAUUUUCCGGGGC